CACUUCACCACCUUUAGCUCUUCACCCAAAAGAAAAAAAAAAUGGCCAUUAAAGGAUUUACUUAUCUAGUUUACUUGAUCAUCAUUUCAACGGCAGUCGAAGCUAGGAUUCCCGGCGUUUAUUCCGGCGGCGCGUGGCAAUCCGCUCACGCCACCUUCUAUGGCGGCAACGAUGCUUCUGGAACAAUGGGUGGAGCUUGUGGUUUUGGAAAUUUAUACAGCCAAGGCUAUGGUGUCAACACGGCGGCUUUAAGCACUGCUCUUUUCAACAAUGGAUUUAGCUGUGGUGCUUGUUUUGAGAUCAAAUGUGCAAAUGAUCCACAAUGGUGUCAUUCGGGUAGUCCGUCGAUUUUCAUCACCGCAACCAAUUUUUGCCCGCCGAAUUAUGCUCUUCCUAAUGAUAAUGGCGGCUGGUGUAACCCUCCUCGUUCUCAUUUUGAUCUUGCUAUGCCUAUGUUCCUUAAGAUCGCUGAGUACCGUGCUGGCAUUGUCCCCGUCUCUUACCGCAGGGUGCCAUGCCGGAAACGAGGAGGAAUCAGAUUCACAAUCAACGGUUUCCGAUACUUCAACUUGGUCCUGAUCACAAACGUGGCCGGCGCCGGCGAUAUCGUGAAAGCAAGCGUUAAAGGGUCGAAAACGGAGUGGAUGAGCAUGAGCCGAAACUGGGGCCAAAACUGGCAAUCCAACGCCGUUUUAGUCGGCCAAUCUCUGUCGUUUAGGGUCACCGGCAGCGACCGUCGGACCUCUACUUCGUGGAACAUUGUCCCUUCUCAUUGGCAAUUUGGUCAAACUUUCACUGGCAAAAAUUUCAGGGUCUAAAUCUAGAUCUUCACAUAGUUCCUUUUUUGGAUUUUUGUUUGGUUUUAAUAUCUUUAUUUUAUUUUCCGGGAAAAUGAGGGAAAGUGUGGUAAAAUUUUGAUUUUUGAGUGUUGGUAAAAAGAGAAAAAAAAGAGUGGUGAAGUAAUGGGGGCUGAAGUGGCUUGGGAAGAUUGCAGCCCGCAGCUUUGAUGAUACUUUAUUUUUAUUUUUUAACAUAUAUUAUAUUUAUAAUUUUAAUUUAAAAUGAAAUGUGUGUUUAAUUUACUUAA